UGGACUCCGCCAGCGGACACCUCGGAGGGACCGCCACUCUCCCGGAAGCAGGGGCCGGUGUCCCAAGGCCCGAGGUCCCCGGAGGCUGUGUCCUCGCGGCCGCUGCGCGUGGGGCCUCGGGUCUGCAGGCCCUCUCCUUUCCCAGGCAGGGCCCGCCCGCGGCGCCCACUCCAGAGGCAGGUCCAGGCGGGAGGGGCCUCCCGGGAGAAACAGGGCGCGGUCCCAACUGCACAGAGGCUCCGGCGCCACCCUUCUCGCCCUGCUGCAUCCCCCGUCCGUUCGUGUACACACACGCACGCCGACCCCACCCAGGAUCCAAAGCAAGAUUUAAAAGGACGUCUUUGCGUCUUCUACAGCUCCCUAUCAUCUUACAAGGGGGAAUUAGAAGCCGGGGAGAAAAACUUUCCACCGUCCUGCGCGUUUCUGCAGCCCUGUUCCCUGGCCGAGGAGUCUUUGCUGGAAGAGAUGGUGAUGGGCCAGGGUCCCCUGUUGUUGAUCUUCAUGCUGGGUCUGGGUCUAACCCCACCAGCCCUGACUCAGGAUGACUCCAGGUACAAACACUUCCUGACCCAGCACUAUGAUGCCAAACCAAGGGGCCGGAAUGCCAGAUACUGUGAAAGCAUGAUGGAGAGACGAGGCCUGACCGCACCCUGCAAAGACACCAACACCUUUAUUCAUGGCAACAAGGGCAGCAUCAAGGCUAUCUGUGGAAAUGAAAAUGGAAACCCUUACGGAGAAGCUUUAAGACUAAGCAAGUCUCCUUUCCAGAUCACCACCUGCAGGCAUGUAGGAGGGUCCCCUCGGCCUCCAUGCCGGUACAGAGCUACCUCAGGGUUCAGACACAUUGUUGUUGCCUGUGAACACGGCUUGCCUGUCCAUUUUGAUGAGUCCUUUUUCCGUCCAUAAUCGGAAGCCACAGCUGGCUUUUCUCUCCUUUUCUUGCAUUUCCCUCCACAUCCCAGAAUGGCAACAUUUAUGGCCAGGGGCCCAGAGAAUGAGCUGCCUGGAUCUCUUGUUUUCCAUUUUACAACAUGUCUAAUAAAUA